AUGAACAGCGAGCGCUGGGUUCCCAUUUCGAUAAUUGCGGGAUUUAAGAAAGUCAAGGCCAUAACAGGAGAUAUACAGGAAGUCGUCAGUGCUCUGCGACGAUCUCAUGCAGUUGUGGUCGAUGAUUCGGGCACCAUGGUCAAGCCUGUCGCUUUUGAAAAGCCAAGGACCACAAUCAUAUUACGAGACCUUCCAUUAGAAACGGAAUCUGAGGAAAUCGCAUCGUUGUUCGCUGAAGCCCAUUGCCCUGCAAAGUCUAUCAGGAGAGAAACCGUUGGAAACAUGUGGUUCGUUGAGUUUUCAACUGCAGCGGAUGCGCUAGCUAUGCUCAAUUACACUAGAGGGAAACGUCUUCGCGAUGUGCCUAUUGCUGCCAGACUCAAGUCAAACACUUUGCUCAGUGGUGGAGAGUAUGAGCUGAUUCCCUUUUCCUUUGAUGUCCCUGAUGUGCCAGUAUGGAUGCCAACUCCAGCCAUUGUUAUACCGCUUCAGGACCCCAAUGUGGCUCAGUGGAGUGUUGAGCAACAGAUGCAGCAGCAUAAUCAGGCCCACGACGAUCCUGGGCAGUGUCAAGGAAGAAACGGUGAGUUUGAUCCCUGUGUUACUCAUGCACAUGGAGGAGACGUCCACAAUAUGGCGUACUUCACGGAUGUAAAAGACGACCCAAAGCCCCCUGGUGAUAGAUCGGGGGAAUGGUCACCUAUGUAUAACAGACGGCCUAAUUAUCAUGGAUAUCACCGCCGACGUUCUUGGCAACAAUCAUGCAACCGUAGUUCCCAAAACUCUCAACAGCAUGAGCGCCCAGAUCACUAUGUGAAUCGAAGGCUAGAGCAUCAUGAUGCGCCCAAUGGUACCCAUGGGCCUCGUAAUCAACUUAAGAACCAGGUUGAGCCAGAAGGAAGGCAGAGUCAAUUGCCUCCCAAGUCGAGCAACAUUUCUACACCUCCUAAAGAUUCAAAACUCAAAGCAGACGAUCAGUUAAACCUUUCAAUGAUGGGUUCGAAGAAGAAAAGGUCAAAGAAUAAACCUUCGAAAAACCGUCGACGACACGAUGAGGAGCCUAAAGAGCUUUUAGAGCCUACUGAGGAUCAACUGUUUACUAAUGAGGAUAACGCACGUUUCCUCGAUACUUUCCCACCCCACAAGUUGGAAAAGUCGCCGAAACGCUCCAUAAUGGAGCCAAGAGAUGCUGAUGGCUAUGGCUCGAGGAGCAACGGAUGCCAGGACGAUCGUUCAGAGCAAUCGCAGCUGAGAAUGAUUUGGAAGUACAUCGAGUCUAGAAACGAAUAG